AUGGUUUGGUGGGAAGCAGUGUUAUCUCCAGCUCUGCAGAUUCUUUUUGACAAAUUAGCUUCAGGGGAAAUCCUGAACAUACUUAAAGUAUGGAAUGUUAGUAAACUGUCACUUGACAAACUCAAGAUUUCUUACUUCAUCAAUACAGCUGUGCUUGAUGAUGCAGAAGAGAAACAGUACCUGAAUCCAGCAGUUGAGACAUGGAUCGACAUGCUCAGAGACGCUGUGUUUGAAGCUGAGGACACUCUUGAUGAACUGGCUACUGAAGCCUUGAGAUGCAAACUAGAACUGAAUCCUCAGAUAUUUUCUCAGCAGGUGCGUAGUAGUUGGAACUUUAUUGGUAUGAAAUCAAGAAUAGAAGAGCUUAUAACUAGACUAGAAUACAUUGCAAAACAAAAAGAUAUUCUUGGUUUAGAAAGUAACAAAAAGUCUUGCUAUGGAAAGAUGUACAGGGCUCCAAGUACUCCAUUGUUACUUGGAUCCCAUGUUUAUGGAAGGUAUACUGAAAAAGAGGAACUAAUUAAGUUGUUAGUUUCUGAUUGUGAUCAUGAUACAAAUAGAGUUGCUCCCUUUUGUGUAAUUCCUCUUAUUGGUAUGGGAGGGAUUGGAAAGACAACUCUUGCUCAGAUUGUCUAUAAUGACAAGAGAAUUUGUGAGGCGUUUGACGUAAAAGCUUGGGCUUGGGUAUCUGAUGAUUUCAAUGUAACAAGUAUAACCAGGUCACUGCUUGAAUCUGCCACUGCCAAACCCUUUGACACAAAUAGCUUGGAAAUUAUUCAGAAUGGUCUGAAGCAUCUGUUCAGCAAAAAGAGAUUCUUGAUUGUCUUGGAUGAUAUAUGGACUGAGAGCUGGGAUGACUGGAAUGAGCUGUUGAUCCCUUUUUUCGAGGGGGAUCAAACAAGUAAAAUAAUUGUGACAACACGAAAUGAAGGGGUUGCAUCAAUCACUGGAACGCUUGCACCUUACCGUCUACAGGAAAUGCCACAUGAUGCUUGUUGGUCUUUGUUCUUGCAUCAUGCUUUUGGUGUUCGAGGCUUGCACAUGCAUACGAGUUUGAAAGAUAUUGGAAAAGAGAUCGUGAAGAGGUGUAAAGGCUUGCCUUUAGCUAUCAAGACACUAGGAGGUAUGUUGGCCUUGAAAUUGGACGUUGCUUACUGGACUCAAGUCUUGAAUAGUGAUUUGUGGGAUUUGCCUUCCAAGAAAUAUUCUGUUCUACCAUCUUUAAGAUUAAGCUACCAUCAUCUUCCACCAAAUUUAAAGAGAUGCUUUGCAUACUGUUCAAUAUUCCCGAAAGGGUAUGAGUUCAACAAGAAAGAUCUAGUCUUGCUGUGGAUGGCAGAAGGAUUUGUGCAGCCAGUUACACAGAUAACUAUGGAGGAAAUCUCUCUUUGUGAUGCAUGA